AUGGAGAAUUGUGUAAUUUGCAGUAGCGAAAGUGAUGAGAAUUUGGCACAGUGUAAAGAUGCAGAGUCUUGGGCGAGAUUGUAUUGUGCUGCAGAAAUUAGGCAAUUCACGCCAAUUCUAGAUUUGUCGCAUGGUAAACACGAUUUCCCUCGAUCAACUGUGAAGUAUCAUGUUACUUGUAGAAAAGGGUUUGUAAACCAGAAAAAUCUUCAAUCUCUAUCGAAGAAAACCGCGGAGAGUAGCAAAACAGGACAAGACCAGCCCCAAGUUAGAAGGGGUAGUCGCGAUGUGGAUAGAUCGGCCAUAAAUUCAGCAGUGCUUCCCCAGACGUGCAUAUUUUGUGAGAAGCCAAAAUACAAACCGGGAACAAAAACACGAGAGAAAUUGCACGGCGUCCAAGAGUUUAGAGCAGAUGACACGGUUAGAAAAAGCGCGUCGUUGCACCUUAGUAGACACACUAAUAUGAGUGCCAUUGCUGCAAAUAUUUCUGGUAUUUGCGCCAAGGAUUUGAUAAGUAGUGAAGCGAAAUAUCAUUCUUCAUGCUACAAAGCUUUUGUUCACAUUAUGUACGAGACUGAUGAAGCCGUCAAUAAUCCCACUGAAGCUAUGGGGAAUAAUAAUGGUGAGGUGUAUGAAGCUGUCUACUCCUUCUGUGAAGCCUUAAUAUCAAACCCAAGAGUCGUAGAAUUUAAAGAAGUUAGGAAUGUCCUAUCAGACGAGGCAGAUAAAUUGGGUGUGGUAGUAACACAAUCUCAAUAUAAAAACCUCUUGCGUUUAAUAUCUAAUAAGUUCGAACAGCUAGUAUUUCUUAAUUACCAACAAAAUAAAGUUCUGAUGUAUCCUUCCACCUUAAAAUUAGAGACAGUCGUAGUGGAAAACUUUGAGCUUAAAAGUGACGUUGCAAAUCAAACAUCCUUGGAUGAAAAUUCAAAAACAGUAAUCAACGCAGCGAAAAUUCUCAACGAGAAAAUGAAAUACCAUCCCCGUGCAAUGGCGUGGCCCCCCGAAGAAAAAGAUCUAGGUAUUGAUAGGGUAGCCGACUGUGUUCCUGAAUUGUUAGAUACCUUUUGUACCAUCCUUUUGUCUGGCCAGUUAUUGGACAGGGACAAAAGCAGGUCUGACCGCAUUGGCACAGGACAUUGUCUACUCCGUAUCUAACGGAGCAAUUAAGACGCCUAAAAGUGUACUUUUUCCAUCUGCUGUAAAAGCCUUGUGUAAUAAUACAGAAGUUGUUAAACUUAUUAAUAGAUGUGGCCAUGGAAUCGGUUAUAAUCUUGUUGAAGAAAUCGAGACGCAAUUUGCGCUUAAAGUAAUUAACGAACAAACGUUAAAUCGUGUUCUUAUCCCAAAUGAAUGCAAACAGUUCAACAACCUAUCCGUCGCACUCAUGGUAGCGGACAACAUUGAUAACUUGGAAUGUACGAUGAGUGGAGCCGGCACCUCCUACCGGGUGAAUUCCAUUCUUGUUACGACAGCCUCAAGAGACAUUUGA